CGCCCCGGAACACGCACACACGCGCGCGCACACACGCACACACAGACUCGGAGAGAAAGAACAGUAGCUUCGCAGGAAAAGUCUUGUAGAAAAACAGAACAGAGUUAAAACACCGAGAACAACACAGGAGGAGGUGUUUUACCCGGACAGCGAUGGGAAGGAAAACUCCACUUUCUCCGUCCUACUGCGGUGAACCUCACAAGUUUGAUCCGAAGUUCAGAGGACCUGUUCGCAACAGGCGCUGUACAGACACGCUCUGCUGUGUCUUCUUUGUCAUCAUCAUCCUCAGCUACAUUGCUCUGGGAACAGUUGCAUGGAUGCAUGGUGACCCUCGGAAAGUGAUUUACCCCACAGACAGUUAUGGCCAGUUCUGUGGCCAACAGGAUACCGCUAAUGAAAAUAAAGCCGUACUGUUUUACUUCAACAUUUUACAGUGUGCUAAUCCAGCAGUGCUCAUCAACCUGCAGUGUCCUACAACACAGUUGUGUGUGUCAGGGUGUCCGGACAGGUUUAUUACAUAUGUGGAUGUACAGUAUAGUUACAGCAGGAACCGGAGUCAGUGGGAUUAUUACAGACAGUUCUGCAGACCUGGAUUCAACACGCCCACUAAGUCUGUUGUUCAGGUGAUCAGAGAUGAAGAUUGUCCCUCGAUGCUCGUUCCCAGCAGACCUUUCCUGCAGAGGUGUUUCCCUGAUUUCAUCACCAGAAAUGGCACUUUAACCGUCGCCAACAAAACCAUCUUUAAAGAUGGACUGGGUAAAAGCAGGAGUGUUUCUGAGCUGAGAGACGCCGCCAAGCGAGAGUCGUCAGCUUUGUCAGGCAGAUUCAGAAAUUUCAAAAGUUUCCUUCAAACUCGCGGUAUUUCCGGUCUGCUGGAUGCUAAAGAGAUCGGAGUGAAGAUCUUUGAGGACUUCGCCAGAACCUGGUUCUGGAUUCUAAUAGGUCUGGUCAUUACCAUGGUGAUCAGUCUGCUGUUUAUUCUCCUCCUGAGACUGAUGGCUGGAGUCUUACUGUGGAGUGUGAUAUUUUGUUUAAUUGGUGCAGUGGGAUAUGGGAUCUGGCACUGUUACUGGGAGUACAGGACUCUGAAAGGGAAACCUGAUGCUGAUGUGUCCAUCACUGAUCUUGGCUUUCAGACAGAUUUCAGGAUUUAUCUGCAGCUGAGCCAGACCUGGCUGAUCUUCAUGAUUGUGCUGGCAGUGAUGGAGGCUGUGAUCAUUUUGGUGUUGAUCUUUUUGGGGAGGAGAGUGUGUAUCGCCAUCGCUUUGCUCAAAGAGGGAAGCAGGGCGAUCAGUUACGUAACAUCGACGUUAUUUUAUCCGAUUAUCACCUUCCUCUUGCUCGCAGUCUGUAUUGCUUACUGGGCCACGACAGCUGUUUUUCUGGCCUCGUCUGGUGAAGCUGUGUAUAAAGUGAUUUCAGCACAACCAGACUGUAAAUACAGCAAUAUGACCUGUGACCCUCAGACGUUCAGUCAGGGGAAUGUGAGCAGUGUGUGUAGGGGUUCUCAGUGUGUGUUUGCGUUUUAUGGCGGUGAGAGUGUGUAUCAUCGCUACAUGGCGGUUCUGCAGCUGUGUAACGUGUUCGUGUUGCUGUGGUUGGUGAACUUCGUGCUGGCGUUGGGGCAGUGCACGCUCUCUGGCGCUUUCACCUCCUACUACUGGACCUUGAACAAACCUGCUGAUAUCCCAGCAUGCCCUGUAUCUGCCUCCUUCAGACGCACACUCAGGUUCCAUACAGGUUCUCUGGCCUUCGGUUCUUUGAUCCUGUCCACAGUUCAGUUCUUCCGCAUCGUUCUGGAAUACCUGGAUCACAAAUUGAAAGGUGUUCAUAAUGCUCUUGCACGUUUCCUGCUCUGUUGCCUGAAAUGCUGCUUUUGGUGUCUUGAGCACGUCAUCAGGUUCAUGAACAGAAACGCUUACAUCAUGAUUGCGAUAUUUGGGAGGAAUUUCUGUGCCUCAGCGAGAGACGCCUUUUUCCUGCUGAUGAGGAAUGUGAUGAGGGUGGCGGUGUUGGAUAAAGUCACUGAUUUCCUGCUGUUUCUGGGGAAAAUCCUGAUUUCAGGAAGUGUCGGCGUCCUCGCGUUCUUCUUCUUCACUCGUCAAAUUCCAGUGUUUCAGGAAAAAGUGCCAUCACUGAACUAUUACUGGGUCCCCCUGCUGACGGUGGUGUUUGGAUCGUAUCUAGUGGCCCAUGGCUUCUUUAGUGUCUACGCCAUGUGUGUGGAUACGCUGUUCCUCUGCUUCUUGGUGGAUCUGGAGAAGAACGAUGGCUCUGCAUCUCGGCCGUACUACAUGAGCAGCUCACUGAGGUCCAUCCUGAACAACAAGAACCACCGGAGAACCGAGGAGAGGAAAAGGGGCGGAGCUCUGAGGAGGAAGUGAAGGAGUAGAGGCAUGGAAGAGUGGAAAUGAUGAAUGACGAGUUUAAAAUCAAUGUGAGAUCAGACCCUGAGCUGAGGGACAGACACAAGUCAGACGCUCUGUCUGAGAGAAAAGCUUUAAAAGUCCAUUUUAAACGGGUUUAAUCUUUUUAUUACGGAUUAAUUUACAAUAUUAUUACAAUAUUUUGAGUUUCCACGCAAAUGACAUUGUAUCUCAGUAUAGUGUAGAACUGAUAUUCAGCACACGCACACACACACUCACAUUAGACCUGUAAAUUAGACCUGUAUUCAAAUAAUUAAAAUUCCUUGUAGAAGUGAUUAUAAUAACAGUAAGUUUCAGCAUGAGGUCUAACGCUGUGUUCAGAUGGAACUGAGACAGAAACAUCAGGAACUUCAACAUUUCUCUCAUCUGUUGUUAAAUUAUUAAGAAAAACUUAAAUUAUGCUGUAAUUACACUUUCGCUAACAGUGAGAAACAUCAGUGUGUCACUGUUAGUCAACUUCUGAUGUGAUGAAGAUCUGAGGAGUGACGUUCAUGUGAGAUCUUUAAUCUCAUAAACGGUGGAACACGACUGAGCUUUAACGCUGCAGUGAAGAACGCACUCUGAAGCAGGAAAUGUUCAAAAUAUAUUUAAAACUUUUAUUUUCUCUGUUUAUAAGAUGUGGAAUAAGAGAAAGAUUGCAUAUGAAAAGGGUGUUUUAUUGAUCUUUUCUUUUGUUCAUAUAUAUAUAUAUCACCGCUUUAUAGCUUGUGUGUGUGUGUGUGCGCAGUAAACAGUGUUUUAUAUAAUUUUUCUAACUGAUAUGUUUUUAAUUGAGCAGUGUUAAUAAUUGUGUUUUUUCUCAUAUUGAGAAGAUCUCUCACACACACACACACACAUAGGGUUUGUAUGUUUGACUCUUCUGUGUGUGUAACUGAAGUGUGAUCACACACUAAGUUUAGACUUACACAGAAAUUUCAGCAGUGUAAUUAGAGUGAAGGGUGGUGCCUCAGCACUGUGUUUAUAUAUGAAGGUGUUAGAAUAUGAUUAUUUUUUAUAAAGCUGCUUUAUAAACUGUAUUAGUCGUACAUUUUGUAUGAAUUUAGUAUUUUCCGAAUAAAUGUGUAAGAUCAGUGUUUAUUCAGUGAGGUUAUCAUCCUGUGUCUCUGGUGAUAUUUACACUUCUCUCUCUCACGCUGCUGCUGUUUACAGGAUCAGUGUUUAUUCCGUUUAAAAAUAAAAACUGAAGAUUAAUUACUACAUGAAAAAUAUCAGCUUUAAUAUUUAUAUUCAUUAUGUUUUCAUGUCUAUUUUAUUCUACAAAUAAGACUUUUAACAUUUAAUUAAAUUGUUUCAUUUGUUUUAA